AGUGAGUGAAGAGUGAAGAGUGAAGAGUGAUGCUAGUGGAGUGCAGUGUGUGAACUGUGCGAAACCAACCGUUCCGCCGUCUUAAUCCUCCCUCCUCCUCCUUCGCCGCCGCCGCUGCCCCUACUCUUUUGGUUUUAUUCUCCUUCCUGGCAAUUUUUUAAAAAUUAGAGAGAAAAUAGAGAUUUGUGUGAACAAAUGGGCUGCACGGCGUCGAAGCUAGACAACGAGGACACGGUGCGGCGGCGCAAGGAGCGGCGCCGCCUCAUGAAGGAGGCUGUCUACGCCCGCCACCACCUGGCCGCCGCCCACGCUGAAUACUGCCGGUCCCUCCGCAUCACGGGCUCCGCGCUUGUCACCUUCGCCUCCGGCGAACCCCUCGCAGUCUCCGACCAUACCCCCGCCGUCCUCCUCCGCACCCCCAACUCUGCCGCGACCGCUGCUAAACCUCGCACGUUCACUCCUCCUCAUCGUCACAUCCCCUCGCCUUCUCCUUCACCCUCUAUCCACCCACCUCCUCCACCACCCCCCAUGUCCACUACGUCCUCCCACCACCACCAAAAAACACCGCCGCCGCCGCCGCCUCCCCGGAGGAGAAAGCCCGUUAAACUACCCCACAUACUCUCAGACUCGAGCUUUUCUUCCUCCCCACCCCCCAACCAUAAUUUCACUUACGCUGCCAGAGCAAAUUCAACUUACUCAAGCACCCCUUCGCAGGCUUCUUCAGUGUGGAAUUGGGAUAAUUUCUAUCCUCCUCCUUCACCUCCAGACUCCGAAUACUACCACCAACUCCACAACAGCAAGAAAACCGAAACCCGAAUCGACGAUGACAACUCCGAUGAUGAUCAUAGCUACACUGACAAUGAUAACGAUGAUAAAGCUUCAAUUACAUCCAAUUCUAACAUUCACGGUCGAGGUGAUGGUUAUCAACAGAAUCCUUUUAGUGGCUGUGAGGCCAAGAAGUUUGACGACCGGGCAUCGAAUUACUCAUCCUAUUCACGCUAUUCACAUAAUAGUUAUAGGAAAAAUUACUUAAGGCCGGGCCUUGAACCAGUUCAGAAGAAAGGGCAGUAUUUGAAGAACUGGGAAAGCGAAGAGGAGGAGACUGAAAGAGAGGAAGUGCAGUGCAGUGAAUGGGGCGACCAUGAUAACUACGGCAGCACGAGCAGCUCCAGUGAUGAGGAUGAAGAAGGAGAUUUGAAGUCAAGAUCUGAUUUUGGGGCAAGGUCCAACUUCGAAUCUGUGAAAAGUGAGUCUGCUGCUGCUGCUAAUGUGGGGAAUGUGAAUUCCAAGUUGUCCAGUAAAUCCGAGAAGCUUUCCUCAGACGAUGAUGGCAAGUCGUCUUAUAGUUGGGGAAAUGGGAACAAUGAAGGGGUGAAUUCUGACAGGAGGAUUGUGGUGAGGCACAAAGAUUUGGUGGAGAUUGUUGCCUCUCUCAGAGAGUACUUUGACAAGGCUGCUUCGGCUGGAGAGCAGGUCUCUGAGAUGCUCGAGGCGGGCAGGGCUCAGCUCGAUCGGAGCUUCAAGCAAUUGAGAAAGACAGUGUAUCAUUCUAGUGGAAUGUUGAGUAACUUGAGCUCCAGCUGGACUUCAAAGCCUCCCUUGGCGGUUAAAUACCGGUUCGAUCCCAGUUCAAUCGAACAAUCUGGUGGUCCAAAGAGCCUGUGCUCGACUUUGGAACGGCUCUUGGCUUGGGAAAAGAAACUAUAUCAAGAAGUAAAGGCUAGAGAAGGAGUUAAACUCGAGCAUGAGAAGAAGUUAUCAGUACUUCAAAGUCAGGAGUACCGGGGGGAAGAUGGAGCCAAGUUGGACAAGACAAAGGCAUCGAUAAAGAGGCUACAAUCUCUAAUUUUGGUGACAUCUCAGGCUGUUUCAACUACCUCAUUUGCUAUUAUCGGUCUAAGAGACUCUGAUCUUGUUCCGCAGCUUGUUGAACUCUGUCAUGGUUUUAUGUACAUGUGGAGGUCGAUGAAUCAGUCCCAUGAAGUCCAGAAUGACAUAGUGCAGCAAGUUCGUGGCCUCGUUAACCGCAUGACUAAAGGCCAAUCAACUUCGGAUCUGCACCGGCAGGCAACCCGUGAUCUUGAGUCGGCUGUCUCGGCCUGGCACUCCAGUUUCUGCCGCAUGAUAAAGUUUCAGCGGGAUUUCAUUCGGUCUCUCCACGGCUGGUUCAAACUCACCCUCCUCCCGAUCAACAGCGAACCAACAAACAGCGAUAGGGAACCGUCCAAGGUUUUUGCUUUCUUUGAUGAGUGGAAACUCGCCGUCGACCGUAUCCCGGACACGGUUGCUUCUGAAGCCAUCAAGAGCUUCAACAAUGUCGUCCAUUCAAUAUCUUUGAAACAAACAGAGGAGCUGAAGAUCAAGAAACGGACUGAAUCUGCAUCAAAGGAGCUUGAGAAAAAGUCUUCAUCUCUCAGAAACAUCGAGAAAAAGUACUAUCACUCGUACUCUAUGGUCGGCAUAGGACUUCCAGACAAUGGGCCUGACAAUGGGCACGUUUUGGACGCACGAGACCCACUUGCUGAGAAAAAAGCCGAGCUUGCAAUAUGCCAAAGACGAGUGGAAGACGAGAUGGUUAAACACUUGAAGGCAGUCGAGGUGACCAGGGCGAUGACUCUAAACAACAUCCAAACAGGGUUGCCUGGAGUCUUUCAAGCUAUGACCAGUUUCUCUGCCUUGAUAACUGAGGCUCUUGAGACAGUUUGCACACGCUCUUAUGCCAUUCAAUAGAUAAACACUCAGAACACAGUUUCUAUAUCAUUAUUCUUUCUUGGUUUUGUGGCAGUUAGGAUUUAUAGAGGCAGGCAAUUUUUCAUGGUGGCUCAAAUUUUUUGGCAAUGGUCUCUGCGACAUGUAAAUAUUUGGAUUUUUGCAGCUUAAUUCAUCACUCCAUUUGUUUGUGGGGAUGGAAAUAUCCCUGUCAAGGACAGUUCUUGCAUCCUUGUAUGAGAGCUCCCCUUUUUUAGCAGAUAAAAUAAACUGAUUGUCUUGGUUCA